AUGGCGACAUCAACAGAUUUCUAUCUGCGCUACUAUGUGGGGCAUAAAGGAAAGUUUGGCCAUGAGUUUUUGGAGUUUGAAUUCAGACCAGAUGGAAAACUCAGAUAUGCAAAUAAUUCCAACUACAAAAAUGACACAAUGAUCAGAAAAGAGGCAUUUGUACACAAAUCUGUAAUGGAGGAGUUGAAACGCAUAAUUGAAGAUUCAGAGAUCAUGCAAGAAGAUGACAGUGCCUGGCCAAGUCCUGACAGAGUAGGCAGACAGGAACUGGAGAUUGUCAUUGGUGAUGAACACAUCUCUUUCACCACUUCAAAAAUCGGUUCAUUACUGGAUGUGAACCAGAGCAAAGAUCCAGAUGGCUUGAGGACUUUCUACUACCUUGUUCAGGAUUUAAAAUGUCUGGUAUUUUCACUUAUUGGUCUUCACUUCAAGAUCAAACCGAUUUAA